AUGUUUUCAGCCUCGCCAUCGUCGUCCGCAAGUUCUUUAUGCUCAGUUGAACAAAAUAAUGAAAAUGACGGAGAAACUACACAAGGCGUUUCAAGUGCAUACAAUUACACGUUCAAUUUAACAUCGGACCAUUUGUCACACAUUAAACAAAAUCCACAAGAACCAAGACAAAUCCAGAAUCUGUAUGCGAAAACCUCGACAAAUUUUCCACGUUGUUGCUGUUUAUUGCAACUCUAUCGUAAUAUUACUAAAGUGCUGGACACUAAUGCCGUUUCACAACAUGUUGUUUUUGACGAAGGUCAUCGGGAAAAGAAAAUUAUCAAUAAAGACUUCGUUCGAGAGGGGAAAAUGAAAGUAGAAGAAUUAUUUUGGGCAACGACAGGGCGCACGUCAGAUGACCCAAGCUUACCAGUUAUCGUUAUCGAGAAAGAAACUUGUAUAGCUGCUUGGGAGUGGUAUUCAUUUUUAUUUGGUAAUGCACUUACAUUAUUCCAUACACCAACAUCACAGUCAGUUGCAACAAGUUCAAAACCAAAAACACCAUCAAAUGUGCAAAAAAUUCUCAAUAUUGAGUUUAAUAUUUUCAUGCGUAGUGCAUUGACAGCAAAAGUUCCAGAUACAGGAAAAACCGCUCCAUUCCAUAAUAGUCCGCAUUUACUGGAUCCAGCGUUACAAAAAUUGUUAAGUGAUGGUACUAUUAUACAAGGUUAUUUUCUUCUCGAUUCAAAACAACACAAACACCUCUCGUAUAUGAAAUUACCUGUACCAGUUGCUAAACAGAACAGAGAUGUUUUUGAAAAAAAUUUUACCACCUAUCAAAUAUCGUUAGAGACAUAUGAAGAAAACUAUUUCCAUGAAAAAAAGCCGUCAAAUCAAGUUUUAUCCCAAGAAGCUGUCGACAUGUUUCGACAACGUGCAGAGCUCGUGCCAAGUUAUCACAAGCAUCAAGAACUGACUGAAAUCAUUGAUAAUUAUCUUAAAUCUGGUGAAAUCGUUGCCCUUGUGAAGAAAGAUAAAGAAGGCAAACGUAUAACAUGUUAUGAAGUUUCUCACACAGCAACGGCAUUCCAGUCACAAACAACGCCGAUAACCGUGAAGGCAACCACAACAAAUCAAGCGGCAGCGAGCAAUCAGCAAACCAUCGAAGCACACAACGCUUCAAAAGCGCCCGAACUAAAACUCACAACAGUGUCAACAACGGCCUCAACAUCUCUUUCACCACCAACAUCAAAUUUUGACCUACAAAAUCCAUUGUUCCAGGAUGACUCGAGAUCCACGCCACAACAACUUCGAACCUUAAUUAAAAUAACGUCUGCGGGUAUGCAAAAAAAACACUACUUGAACAAUUUACAUCUGACCGCCACUGAAUCCUAA